AUGGCUGCACUCAAGUGGGCUUCGACCGGCCUCGGCUGGGGGGGCGGGCUCGGGGAGGCGUGGCCCUCCCUGUCGAAGGUCGCGGUGGUCCGGUCGCCACUGCGACUGGCCUUCCCCCGAGAGACGACAACGAGAGACGACAACGAUCGGCACUCGUCCAUGGAUAGCCCGUACAAGGACGGGCUCGGCCGAGUGAUGCCGACGGUCUUUGUUGCCGGGCCGGCCAAGUCCGGCUCCACCUUCCUCUGGGAGUGCCUGCACCAGUCCUUCCACCCGCAGCACGUGUGCGGCCGCGACGACGCGGCCGGUUGGUCGGACACGCUCUGCCAGCACCGCCGCUUCCUUCUUCCCGCCGUCGCUGCCGACGUCGCGCAGCCCGCCUGCCCGCGCUUCCAAAAGGAGUCCGCGUUCUGGCGCUGGUGGGGGCGGCGGCCAUCGUACACGUGGGCGCGCUACGGCGGGCCUCGCCUCCCGCUCUCCUCGUGGGAGGCGAGAAGGGGCGCGUGCAAGAGCAAGAGGGGGCGGCCGCGUCCGGACGACUCGAGGCCCUUUCCCGGCCACCGCGCCCUCGAGGUCGCCUGCCUGCAGGACGAAGCGUGCCCGGCGGCGGGCGAGGGCGGGAGGGUGGGGUACGCGUCCCCGCUGCCGCCGAGCUGCCAACGCGCGUGCACUCCCUGCGAGCACCACCCCGGCUGGGUCGACAACUCGCCUUCGCCCUGUUCCGUGUCACCGUACCGCUGCGCCUCGCGCGUCUGCGCCGAGGCGCCAGUCAGCCAGUCAUUCCUCUUCGUGCGGAUGGCCUCGCUGCCGCGCGCCGCUGCCGACGUGCCCGCCAUCCAGAAAGAGCUCGCCACCUUCCUCGGCCUCUCUCCGCCGCCAGCCGACUCGGCGCAGAGCGGCGUCUGCCUGAGUGCCACCAUGAUCACCUCGAAGCAGGUGAUCGUCCGCGCACACAAUGCAUCCGUGCGCGACGUCAAGAGCGCGUUCCGCGCGUCGCCGACCGCGCGGAACCUCUCCGCCUUCUUUGCGAGGCACGAGGCGCUGCGAACGGCGAUCUUUGAGCGGGAGCGGGUGCGGGUGUACUGAGACAGACAU